UUGGAGCAGCCUGGUCGCAGCCCUGUGCCCUUUUCAAGUGAGCUGGUCCCAACUCCUGCUCAUGCCUUUUGCUUUGGAAAUGAUCCUGCUUCUCCUCCUCUUCGGGAGCAUGAGGGCGGAAAACCUGACUGAAGUGUCUCCAAGCAGCUCUCCUUCGCGGAUAUCUAAACCCACAACAGACUUUCUUUCUUCUUCGGUCUCUGGGAAGCUGACAUUCAACUCAGUGGCAACCAGUCUUACAACAAACAAGUCCUCUAAGAUGAGUGAUAACCUUGAGCACCAGACCUUCCCGCCUUCCUAUAUACCCAAUGUGGUGUCCUCUCUUGAAACUUCCCCUGCUGCCAGCAGGGACAGUCCUGUAUCUGAGUCAACAAUCUCCCAGGAAGAUUCAACCGAGAAGUCAACAAUGCCCAUGAAAAUCUCUGAUACCCCCAGCAUACCUGGUGUCUCAGUAAUGAAACCUACAGGACUCCCUACUAUGACUGGUGAAACCAUGGCAACUAGCCCUCUGGAUACCUCCAAUGGGACCAGUGGAACCCCUGUCACCAUGGCAACUAGCCCUCUGGAGACCUCCAAUGGGACCAGUGGAACCCCUGUCACCAUGGCAACUAGCCCUCUGGAGACCUCCAAUGGGACCAGUGGAACCCCUGUCACCAUGGCAACUAGCCCUCUGGAGACCUCCAGUGAGACCAGCAAAGUCCUAUUAACUAUGGCAACUAGCUCUCUGGAGAUCUCUGGUGGGACCAGCAGACCUCCUGUCACCAUGGCAACAAGCUCUCUGGAGACCUCCAGUGGGACCAGGGAACCCCUUGUCACCACGGCAACUAGCUCUCUGAAGACCAUCAGUAUGACCAGUGGAUACCCUGUCAUCAUGAAAACUGGCCCUCCUAAGACCUCCAAGGGGUCCAGUGGACUCCUGGUCACCAUGCCAGCUACCUCUCUCAAGACUCCCAUGGGGACCAGUGGCCCCACUAGCUAUGGCGUAACAACAUCCAGCCCAAAUACCUCCACAAACGUAAGCAGGAGGGACAAACUAAUUCCAGCUCAGGGGACAAACGGCACCCUGCUGGUGGUUGUGCUCGUGGCCCUGCUGGUGGUCGUUGUCCUCGUGGCAUCAGUCCUGUUGUGGUUCCGGCGGCAGAAGCGGAAGACGGGAGUCCUGACACUGAGCAGAAGUGGAAAACGCAACGGGGUGGUAGACGCCUGGGCUGGGGUCGCCCGGGUGUCUGAUGAGGAGGCCAUGACAGCGACAGAGGGAGCGUCUGGGGGGAACAAUGACUCUGAUGGCCCCCACAGGGAGGGGUCUGGCCAGCGACCCACACUCACCACUUUCUUUGGUAGACGGAAGUCUCGCCAGGGCUCCAUGGCGCUGGAGGAGCUAAAGGCAGGGGCAGCCUCCAGCUUAAAGGGGGAAGAGGAGCCGCUGGUGUGCAAAGAGGAUGAGGGUGCAGAGGCCCCUACUUCUAAUGGGCCAGAAGUGAGAGAGGUGAAGACCCCUUAA